AUGACAAAACAAAUCUCUCCCAACUUUUCCCGCCCUGCCCGGGCAGCUUUUUUUCCAGCCCCCAGAUCCGAAGCUCCGGCGCGCCGCCCAUUUUCUCCGAUCUUUUGUCAAGAACCCAGCCCAGCUCCGUUCCCAUGGCAACUCAUGGGGCUCACACACAUGAACAGCGUCCGCACCAUGUUCUCCGGGCAACGGCAGCUGGCGUGGGAGCUCACAGAGGCACAGAAACGAACUUCAUUUGGAACAUGUCAAGAGAAGAAAAUUUUCCCCUUUUUUUACGCACCAGACCGAUUAGGCAAUGAGUAUGUACCAAUUAGAGGUGACACUCAUCGUGGACCUGGAACUUAUAACCAUGGAGAGCGGAGCACCCUUCUGUAUCUCCUGGCUAACAGACCAGAGAGUAUUAAAGGUUACACCCUGGGAGCAAGAACAACCCCACGUUUUGGACUAAUCAGCAAGCACGCGACUCCUUGCCCUACAACAUACCAGGCAAUAUGGAUCAAAGACCACAAGCGUAGCAAUAUCCCAUUUCGCAGUAACUCACCACGAUUUUCAGGGCGGAUUCCGGACAAAGAAUUUUUCCCCGGACCUGGAACGUAUGAGCCAAACAAGAUGCCACACAGGCACGUCACCUGGCCGGGAAAAUUUGGAUCCCCAGACUGGUCUUUAAUACCAACACCAGUGAAAAGAACCCUCAGAACUGAGCUGCUCUCAGACAAAGAAUUUAGGAAGCAACGGAACCUACUGGCCUACCUGAGCUUAUACUAUGAUGACUAA